ACAAAUUAUAUUUACUUAAAAUAGAUAAAAAAAAAACACAACCCAAUGAAAAGAAACGUCCAAAUCCAAACCUUCUUCUCAAAAGUAAAAAAAUAUCUUCUCUCUUUCCAAAAUCCUAAUAUAAAAAGUGAAGAAGACACUGAAAACUGGUCUCACCACAAAAACAAACACAAACUUUUUUGAUAGAAAAAGAAAAAAAACACCAUAGCCAAAAUUAAGCUCUACCAUUUUCCCUUCCAUGCAUACCGUAAGGUUUGAGAUGAAGAUAUGAGUGUUUGUAUCUAUGGAAUCUCUGUAGAUUAGAGAUAAAAAAAGUUAGAGUGGUAGAGAUAAGUCACAUGAACAGUAGCGAAUAAUUAGGAGAAUAUUAAUUAAUUAAUUAUAAUUAAUAUUUUUUUUUUGGUUAGAUAAUUAAUUUAAUAUUAAUAUUAAGAAAGUUGAUGAAUAAUGGCAUUGGAAUUACCUCAUCUUCUUCCCUAUAAAUUGGUCAAAGGUCAAACUCUGGUGGCACAGGCGGCCAGGGCUGAACUAGCUUCUUCAGUAAUUCUAAAAUCAAAUUUCAUCAACAAUAAUUAUACAAAUUACUGUAAUAAUAAUAAUAAUAACGAGAGGAGACUUGUUGUGAGGAGGGAUUGGGAAACCAUGGCUUCUUCGCCUUCUCAUAGUCGUAACAAUAACGAUAUCAGAACAAUUAAUCAUCUUCGUCAUGUUGAUUCCAUGGCCACUAUGCCUUCCGGCGCCGGAAAAAUCCCUCGUUUGAAUGCUGUUAUUCUCGGCGAGGCAUUAGCUACUGAGGAAAACGAUCUAGUCUUUCCAACGGAUGAGUUCUCCCAACAGGCUCAUGUUCCUUCUCCGCAGAAGUAUCUUGAGAUGUAUAAAAGAUCGAUCGAGGAUCCGGCUGGGUUUUGGUCGGAGAUUGCUUCCCAAUUCUACUGGAAACAGAAAUGGGAUGACUCUGUUUAUUCUGAGAAUCUCGAUGUCAGCAAAGGAAGAGUCAACAUUGAGUGGUUCAAGGGAGGUAUUACCAACAUUUGUUACAAUUGUUUGGAUAAAAAUGUUGAAGCUGGACUUGGUGACAAAAUUGCUUUGUAUUGGGAAGGCAAUGACACUGGAUUUGAUGACUCUUUAACUUACUCUCAACUUCUCCACAAAGUUUGCCAGCUUGCAAAUUAUUUGAAAGAUAUGGGAGUUCAAAAGGGUGAUGCUGUUGUCAUUUACUUACCCAUGUUAUUGGAACUUCCAAUCACAAUGCUCGCGUGUGCUCGCAUUGGUGCUGUUCAUUCGGUUGUUUUUGCUGGAUUUUCUGCAGAAUCUCUUUCUCAGAGAAUCAUAGAUUGCAAACCAAAAGUUGUUAUCACUUGUAAUGCUGUUAAAAGGGGUCCUAAGAUCAUUCACCUCAAAGAUAUAGUUGAUGCAGCCCUUGUUGAGUCUGCCAAAACUGGUGUCCCCAUAGAUACAUGCCUUGUCUACGAAAAUCAAUUGGCUAUGAAGAGGGAUAUUACUAAAUGGCAAGACGGAAGAGAUAUAUGGUGGCAGGAUGUCAUUCCUAAAUAUCCAACUGAGUGUGCAGUGGAGUGGGUUGAUGCUGAGGAUCCACUAUUUCUGCUAUACACUAGUGGUAGUACUGGAAAACCUAAGGGUGUUCUGCAUACAACUGGAGGAUAUAUGGUGUAUACUGCAACAACAUUCAAAUACGCAUUUGAUUAUAAACCAUCUGAUGUAUACUGGUGUACAGCUGACUGUGGUUGGAUUACUGGGCACAGCUAUGUCACUUAUGGACCACUGCUCAAUGGAGCAUCUUGCAUAGUUUUUGAAGGGGCUCCUAAUUAUCCAGAUUCAGGACGCUGUUGGGACAUUGUAGAUAAAUACAAAGUAACAAUAUUUUACACUGCCCCUACAUUAGUGCGAUCCCUCAUGCGUGAUGGUGAUGAGUAUGUAACUCGCUACUCAAGAAAAUCCUUACGGAUCCUUGGCAGUGUUGGUGAACCUAUCAAUCCAAGUGCAUGGAGGUGGUUUUAUAAUGUGGUUGGAGAUUCACGGUGCCCUAUUUCUGAUACAUGGUGGCAAACUGAAACUGGUGGCUUCAUGAUCACGCCAUUACCAGGUGCCUGGCCACAGAAGCCUGGUUCUGCAACCUUUCCUUUCUUUGGAGUUAAGCCUGUUAUAGUAGACGAGAAAGGUGUUGAGAUUGAAGGGGAGUGCAGUGGAUAUCUGUGUGUGAAGGGCUCUUGGCCUGGAGCAUUCCGAACCCUCUACGGUGACCAUGAGCGAUACGAAACCACUUACUUUAAGCCUUUCACUGGUUAUUACUUCACUGGUGAUGGCUGCAGCAGGGACAAGGAUGGAUACCACUGGCUUACAGGAAGAGUUGAUGACGUUAUAAAUGUCAGUGGACAUCGUAUUGGUACGGCAGAAGUUGAAUCUGCUCUGGUUUCACAUCCCAAAUGUGCAGAAGCUGCUGUAGUUGGUAUUGAGCAUGAGGUGAAAGGACAGGCUAUAUAUGCAUUUGUUACUCUGGUUGAAGGUGAACCUUACAGUGAAGAAUUACGAAAGAGUCUCAUCCUUUCCGUAAGAAAGCAGAUUGGAGCAUUUGCUGCACCAGAAAGAAUCCACUGGGCGCCCGGGCUUCCAAAGACAAGGAGUGGAAAGAUUAUGAGAAGGAUUCUGAGAAAAAUUGCUUCUGGACAGUUAGAUGAGCUUGGAGACACAAGCACUCUUGCAGACCCGAAUGUAGUCGAACAGCUCAUUUCACUUUCCAAUUGCUGAAGACUUUUCUGGCCCGGAAGGUUCAGUUCUACAUAGCAAAGCACAAAAGGAGAGGGAUUUGUUAAGAUCAAGAGAUGUUAAUUUUUCUAUAGAAAAAAAUAAAUUAAAUUAAAAUUGAUUUGCUUUUGUAUUAUGUGCCUAUGUGGUAGUGUUGAGCAAUUUCUUUAUUCCAUAUGUUCUGAAGAAUAAGGCAUUUUAACAAAGCUGGUUUAGCAGCAUAAUUAAUAAUUCUUGUAUUUCUUGCAAUUUGUUUAUAAGAAUUAUUAAGUUAAUCAUUUUUAUAAUAAUUAUUAAAUUAAAA